CAUCUACUCUAGAAUAGACGCUUGUUAGAUGUGGGGACGCAAUCAGCUACAGUAGCUUUUAAGAUCAAAGGAAUGCGAACAAAGGGAAGAGCAUAGGUACCUUCCGAUUCGUGAAGGGUCCAACCACCUAACCAUUUCCAUGGCGGAGACGGCCAUCACGGCCGUGCUCUCAAAACUUGGAGAAUUCGCGACCAAGGAGGCCGCGCUACUGCUUAAGGUGGGCGACGACAUCAUGCUGCUGCGCGACCGGCUCGAGUGGCUCCAGGCCUUCAUCCGCGACGCUGAUCGAAAACGCCGGGUCGGCGCCGACGAGUUGACCCGCGUGUGGGUGCGCCAGACGCGCGACGUUGCCUUCGAAGCCGAGGACGCGCUCGACGACUUCUUCCACAAGGUGGACCUAGCGAACCAGAAUUAUGGAGGUUGGAAGCUGGUGCUUAGAUACAUGACUAGCUGCAGGACCCAGAUCACUGUUCGACAUGGUCUGUCUGGUCAAAUCAACAGAAUCAAGACCAGACUAGAUCAAAUCUCAGAGAACCAAAAGGAAUACAAGAUCGACCAUUCUCCAUCAGGAAUAUGGACGUCUUCCACCACAGCCCUUGCACCGUGGGAUGGCCUAAAGAAAGUUGUGGGGCGUGAGCAAGAUGCAAAGACUGUACGUGAACUGCUGCUUCAUGAAGAGCAUCGCGAGCAAAUGUUCAUCUCCAUGUUAGGGGAGAGUGGUAUUGGAAAAAGGACACUAACAAUGCAAAUCUGCAAGGACUUGAUGAGGAAUUUUGAAGUUUUCGUGUGGUACAACAUGCCACCGGAUUCCAGCAUGGAAGAUCUCCUAGAAGAAGUAUACAAGAGAGCAUACAAACGCAUCCACAAACAUAAUGAAACUCCUCAGGAUAACGGCAUCGAUAUUGUUGAUAAGCUCUAUGGUCUCCUCACUGAUAAGAGCUACCUGGUAGUUCUCGGUGGCAUUUCCUCCAAGACUAUCCUGAAUUGUGUGCGGGCAAGCUUGCCAGACAACAAAAUAGGCAGUAGGGUGGUGCUCAUACUGGAACCUGAAUGUGAGGAAGUCGCGUGGCAUGCUGCUACCUUGAACCAGGAAGGUUAUGAGAGCAAGAGUAUCCACAGGCUGAGCCAUUUGGAUGAAGAUACAAGUGGAGAACUGUUCCGUUCGAGGGUCUUUGCCGAACAGGGAAAGCACAACAAGGACACCAAGGACAACAAGGGCAGCAAGUACACCAAGGACAACAAGAAUACCAAGGAGAAGACAUAUGAAGAAGAUGUGUUUGAUGUAACACAAGGCCACCCUUUGGGUAUAGUGGUUCUCGCUGGACUCUUACGAUACAAGGAGAAGCCCGUUGAGUGGGAUGCAGUGCUCCAGGAGCUCAGACCUGGAAUGGAGGAGGCAGAAGAUGGUCAAGACAACCCAAUAACAGGGCUUUUGUUGUUGAAGGAGAACCCAGGUGAGUGGAAGACCUUUCAGCAGCAGAUGACCACCGCAAGGGAAACAAAGCUGUCCAACAGAAUGGUGAUCGAGAGGAUCUUGUCGGCGAGCUUUGAUGACCUCCCUCAAGAUCUCAAGUCAUGCUUCCUCUACUUGGCCGCUUACCCCAUGAAUGUCUCCCUUUCUGCUGGUCAUAUCGUGCGGAUGUGGACGGCUGAGGGCUUCAUCAAGCCACGUAAGGGCAGGACUCUAGAGGAGUUGGGACACAGCUACCUCAAGGAGUUGGUCUCGAGAUGCCUGGUUGAGUUGGAAAGCCAGAACGCACAUGGUGGAAUCAAGACGGUCACUGUUCACAGCCGCCUCGUAAGGUUCCUGCAAUCAGAAGCUCGAGAGGCGAGCUUCAUUGAGGUUAGUGACAGAAAUGACAUCCUUGCGCCAGCAUCGGUGCGCCGCCUCUCAAUUCAGGAUGACAGCGGGACCUACACCACAUUCAGCAAUAAGUUCCCCAAGCUGCGGUCCUUCAUAUGCCGCGUUGCAGCAGGUAAUAGCCAAAGCAGUGACAAGUCCGAUCAGAGUAAGAAGGAACGACGUGAGUUCCCAUGCGGGCCCAGGCUCGCCUGUGUAGUCUCCAGUCCCGUCACAGAGGAGGUAGCAGGAGGCAGCAACCUGAAGAGCCAUGAUCUCAAGUUUCUGUGCUGGUCCAAGUUCCUUCGCUUAAUCUCUGUACAGGGUUUGAAACUCCAGGAGUUGCCCGAUGAGAUUGGUGACAUGAUUCACCUGCGGUACCUACGUGUUGAAUGCCCUGGUCUGAAGAAGCUCCCUCGCAGCAUUAGAAGGCUACUCAAUCUGCAGACGCUCGACAUAAGCAAGACCGCUGUCGUGGAGAUUCACCCGCAUUUCUGGAAGAUCAAAACGCUCCGGCAUGUGCUUGCAGAGAAGCUCACACUCCCAACAUCACUUGUGAACGAACUGGCUGAGCUACAGACUCUGCACGGUGUGGUGGCCGGUGAAGGGAAAUGGGACCAAGGAAGGUCUCCGCUGGACAAGAUGGCCAAGCUUCAGUCACUGGAGCUGCACGGGUUCAACGCUGCUAACCAUGGGUCUGCACUGGAGGGUGCUCUCACUAACAUGCAUCUCCUUGGGCACUUGAAGCUGGAAGGUGAUGGUAUCCCCUCAUGCUUGUUUACCGGGCCUAUCCUUCGAUGCCUCCAGACUAUGGAGCUAGAUGGCGCUGCGAAAUGGCCUGUGGUCAGAUGGGAUAUUGUUCGCAAGGUCCGCCCCAACCUGGUUGGGCUCAAGCUUAAGAAUAACAGCCAAGUGCCAAAGGAGUUGUUGGAUGAAAUGGAAGCACAGAAGCUGAUGCUGCUUUCUUGAUUUCUGAAUGAGCAAACCCUCCUAGCAUGUCCUGCCAAUUGAUUCUGAACCUCACUGCAAGUAAGGCACUCCUUUUACUCUUUGGCUGUCCAACAAACAGGGAAUAAGAGUUGUGGCGAAUCUGAAUGCGGGUGUUGACUUGGUGUUGACUUUUUACAUACGUAACGAACAGUAUGUAUAUUGUGUUCUUUUGAACUUUCUUGCUUCGAAUUCUUAAAUCAAUUUGUUUGAUGUAGAUGAACUUUUUAUUAUGUAAAAUAAAAUAAAACAAUGGACAAAUUCCAAAGCUGGAGCCAUAAGAAACAACCACUCUGAUU